CAUGUCCGUAGCCUGAAGAGACUGUAAAGUAUGUGUCCUGAUGAAACUGUGGCCUGAGGAGACUAUAGAGACCCCAUCUCUGCUAUUUCCCGGUAUCCGGCAGCCGGAGCCCAUCCGAUCCCUCGACCCUCGUCGCCCCUUCAACAACAACAACGUUUAGUGGAGUGUGUAACUCCAGGCAAUAGAUGGCACUGUUAUUAUGCCAUCUGGCAACCUCUUAACUACACGUUGGGGUUGUGUUAGUAUCGGCUUGAGAUGCUUUCUCGUCCUUGUAGCGAGUGUUGAGUGGUAACAACAAGCAUCAGCUGGGGGGAACUGCAAGCACCGCUGGGACAAGCCAAGUCGCUGGGUUCAGCCUCAAGUGUCUUGACACACUCACAGGGACACACUCACCAGGACACACUUGCGGUGGAGUGCACCAGUAGCAGGGAGGUGGGGUCGCUGCUGGCUGCUCUACACACACUGCGUUCUCAUAGUCCAAGGUGGUGCUAUAUUCGCAGUUUAUCAUAAGGAUCAUGACAGAUCCCGGAGAGGACAUGAAAGGCACCCCGGGAGGAGGGAAGACGUUGGAGGGCACUCCAGAGGGAGAGGAGAUGAUGGAGGCCACUCCUGAAGGAGAGGAGAUGAUGGAGGCCACUCCAGAAGGCGAGGAGAUGGAGGAGGACGCUGAAGACACAGACUCGGACUCCCAGGAUGAGGACGAUGACGUUCAGAAUAAGCGGGAGGAAGAACUCAAGCAGAAGGUGAAGGACCUUCAAAAGCAGUUGGAAGGCAACAACCUAUAUUAUGAUGGGCAUGUAAAUCUAAUAGCAGUGUUACGGGAACUCUUUGAACUUGAAGAAGCAAGACACGCUAGACAGAGAAUGAGUGAGGUAUACCCUUUGACACCAGAGUUGUGGUUGGACUGGAUUCGAGAUGAGCAAAAAGUGUGUACAUCAGACGAAGAGAGGCAGUACAUUGUUGAAUUAUUUGAACGUGCAGUAAAAGAUUAUACAAGUGUGCAACUGUGGGUAGAAUACGUCAUGUUCAUGCUGGGUAGUGGUGACGUGGUAGCAACCAGAGCCAUUGGAGAACGUGCUCUCACUGCUGCAGGGACUCACGUUGCAGAAGGUGUGUUGACAUGGCAAGUUGUACUGCUGGUGGAGAAGCAGAUAUAUGCAGGCCUACAGAAGGCUGGUGCCAUUCAAUCAGAAGAGGAGGUAAAAGAGCAAGAAAAACAGCUUCAUAGAAUCCAAGGACUGCUUCGAAGACAGAUGAGGGUUCCGCUACUGAACUGUGAUUCAGAGUCACUCCUUGAGGAAGCCUCGGAAUAUUUUGAUGGUAAAGUUGACUCUCAUAUGAAAGAGGAUCUAAAAAAGACUCAGAAAAAAUUAAAUGAGAAAAUUCCUUAUGAACAUGAAUUGCUCAGAGCUGAAAAUGAUGUCGACAAACUGGCUACAUAUCGACGUUAUAUUGCGCAUACGAAGGAAACGGAUAAUCCUGCUGCUGUUCAGAGUUUAUACGAAAGAGCUGUCACCGAUCACUGUCUUGAUGUUGGUUUGUGGGAGGAAUAUGUUACUUUCAUUAUGCAUCAGUUUCCUGGGUUAGACUAUGUUGUUUUACCCGUGUGUGAGCGCAGCCAGAGAAACUGUCCAUGGUCUGCAACCCUCUGUGAGCUCCACAUCACAGCUUUGCAGAUGUUUCAAUCAGAGAAUGAAGAUAUUACAUCUAAAGUAAAAGGUGCUCUGGAGAAAGGCCUCGGUUGUGGUAUUCAGUCGGGGCAUGAAGCUACUCGCAUGUGGAUGGCGUACCUCAUAUAUUUGCGGAGGCAAAUCCCAUGGGAUGAGCCUCAUGAACCUCGGCUGCGAGCUUUUAAAGAAGCAGGAGAGCAAGCUAUACGCAUGAUUGAUGAGCAUUUUGGUGAAGAUGGAGACAUUGAGAGUAAAAUCCCUCGCUUUCUGUCUCGUAUAGAAGCAGAAUUUGCUCGUGAUGCUGAAAGAUCAAGAGAAAUUUGGAACGACAUCAUCAUGAGAAGAAACAAUAACUUUAAGAAUGCAAAGCUAUGGCUAGAGUUUAUCAACAUAGAAAGGAGUUAUGGUUCAGAGAAGCACUGCCGCAAGCUCUUCCGUCGUGCUCUGGAACGUGUCUGGGACUGGGUGGAAGACAUAGGCUCUGCUUACCAGUGCUUUGAGCAGGAAGUUGGAACAUUAGAAACAAUGGAGGACUUCACCAAAAGAUAUAAAGAUAGGAUGGCUAUUGUAAUUCAAAAGAGGGCAGAAGACGCUGCAAAGUUAGAGAUGGAGAACCAAGCUGGCGGUGAUAAAAGCUAUGGAAAGAAACAAAAAGAGAAAACAAAUAGAAGGGAGAAGAAUAAACCAAACCAAUCAAGAGGAAUGAGUCACCAGUCACAGGAAAGUGCUGUGUUUAAAGUUCCUCAUCCAGUCAUAAAGGGAUCCAAAGCCUUCAAACAAGAUUUAACAAAUGCAAGCUCAGCAUUCACCAGUACUCCAGAUUCAAAGAGUUUUGUUGCACCACCGUCAGGCUUCAAGGGUGAUGUUGCACCACCUCCAGGCUUCAAGGGUGACGUUGCACCACCACCAGGCUUCAAGGGUGAUGUUGCACCACCUCCAGGCUUCGAGGGUAAUAUUGCACCACCUCCAGGCUUCAAAGAUGAUGUUGCACCACCGCCAGGCUUCAAGGGUAAUAUUGCACCACCUCCAGGCUUCAAGGGUGAUGUUGCACCACCUCCAGGCUUCAAGGGUGAUGUUGCGCCACCGCCAGGCUUUAAGUCUCAAGUAUCUGCUCUAUCUAAAGGGUCCAAGAGAGAAGCAGAGAAAUCAGAUGAUGAGUCACACACAAAGAAAAUAAAAAUUGAGCAACAGUAUGGGGUUCUCACAGAGCUAGAUCCAAAAGAUGAAUUGUGUACAGUCUUCCUUAGCAAUUUGGGUUUCACUACUGGGAAGGAGGAUGUAAUUCCUGUGUUUAGUAAAUGUGGUGAGAUAGCAGAUUUUAGGCUGGUUAAAGACUUCAAAUGCCGAAGCAAAGGCUUUGGAUACCUUGUUUUUGAAACUCGUGAAGCUGCUGUGAAAAGCUUAGAGCUGGAUCGAACUCUCAUUAAUGAACGACCUGUUUUUGUUUCACCUUAUGACCCUGAUAAUCAGACUCAAAAAUUCAAGUAUUCAUCAAGUCAGGAAAGAGACAAAUUAUUUGUAAAAGGAUUGCCAUUUUCAAUGACGGAAAAGGAAAUAAGAGAGGCCUUUGAACCCCAUGGUGAGAUUAAGGCUCUGCGGCUGGUCACAUACAGAAAUGGUCACUCAAAGGGCACUUGUUACAUAGACUACAAUGAUGUUGCUACAGCAGAAAAAGUUCAAAAAGCUAUGGAUGGCAUAGAGCUGGAAGGAAAGACUAUUUCUGUGGUCAUCAGUGAUCCAUCAGCCAAAAAGAAUUCAAAUAACCAAGAAAUGUCAGUUCCAGAAGGAGGACUUUUAGGAGGUGGCAACAAAGGUAAAAAAGCAGCUGGCACUCGGGGUCGAAGCAUGUUCAGCUUGAUGCCGAGAGCUCUGUUACGGGCCCCUGUGACUUCCGCAGAUUCUCCAGAAACCUCCACUACAGAAACUCCAACAAAGAAAAUGAGUAAUGAAGACUUCCGAAAUAUGCUUUUGAAAAAGUGAACUAAUAGUUCAUUUGUAUUUAAUUUGAUUAUUAAUGUUUAUAAAGUUUGGGUACAGAAGCUCGGCGAUAAUGUGUUUCAAAUAUACAGUACUGUAUACUGAUGUGUGUUAAAAUAUUUUGUUACCUGUACUUGGACUUUGUAUAAGGAUGUACUAUAUUUACUAUAAUUGACAGUUGAGGCUGACACUGUAAAUAGUUAAGAAUUACAAUGUUGAACUUCAACUGACUGACACACACAUACAGGGGGGGAGCUUGUGGCUGAGUGGACAGCUCUUGGGACUCGUAAUCCUAGGCUCCGGGUUCAAACCCUUGCGAUGGCAGAAAACAAAUGGGCAGAGUUUCUUUCACACUAAUGCCCCCGUUACCUAGCAGUAAAUAGGUACCUGGGAGUUAGAUAACUGUUACAGGCUGCUUCCAGGCUGUGUGUGUGUGUGUAAUUACCU